GUGCGUGCGUGCGUGUGUGUGUGUGCGCGUGUGUGUGUGUGUGUGUGUGUGUGUGUGCGUGCGUGCGUGCGUGUGAGAGAGAGAGCUUGUGCAGUGUAGAAUUCUACCGUAAUUCUACCAUAAUUCUAAUAUAAUUCUAAUAUAUUGAAUCUUUUUAGCUGCAGAGUUUUUAUUCGGUUCUUGUUGAAUGAGAUGUGAGAGAUUUAUGAUCGGAUGUUGGAUGGAAGGAGGCUGCAGCUUUCAGAGGAGAAUAAAAAGGAUGAGUCUGAUGAGUUGUUUACUGGGUGACUGAAAGUUUUGGUUUUUCUAAAACAAUGUCGUCAGAGGAGUGUGAGAAGCUCCAGAUCUCUAAAAUGAGUCUCCAGGAGGAACAGUGUGAUAUUCAGAGUGAAGGUGAAGACAGACCCCCCUCUCCAGCACCCAGUGGUGUAUCCAUGAAGAGUGACCGGUCAAUGGACCCACCUAAAAACUUUAAUAUUGAAAGAACAUCUCAGAGAAGUGAGGGUGAAGACAGACCCCCCUCUCCAGUACCCAGUGGUGUAUCCAUGAAGAGUGACCGGUCAAUGGACCCACCAAAAAACUUUAAUGAUGGAAGAACAUCUCAGAGAAGCACAGAUCAUCUCAACCAAAAACCUGCUAACAAGCUACAGAAGAAGAUCACAGACUUCAUCAGCGUCUUUGAUGAAGUGGAAAAGAAGAUCGUGGGGUUUGUAAAGAAGGAACUGGAAAUGUUUAAAAAUCUUUUGAAAGAAGAAAACACAAACUAUAACGAGGAAAUGAAGGAUGAGAAGAUGUUCAGUCUGAGAGACUCUGCUCUUAAUAUGAUAUUUCAUUUUCUGAAGAUGAUGGAACGUGAUGAUAUCGCUGAUGCUCUUCAGAAUGUGCUGAUUGGGUUUGAACAGCAUAAAGUAAAACUGAUACUGAGAAAGAAGUGUCAGCACGUGUGGGAAGGAAUUUCAAAACAAGGAGAGUCCACCAUUUUAAAUCAGAUCUACACGGAUCUCUACAUCACUGAAGGUGGAGCUGGAACUAUAAACCAGGAGCACGAGGUGAGACAAAUCCAAAAGCAGAAAACCAGCGUAACAAAACAAAAAACUUUAAUGCAGCACGAGCAACAAAUUGACUGCAAAAACAUGUUUGAACCACUGCCUGGACAAGACAAGGUAAUCAGAACGGUGCUGACACAGGGCGUGGCCGGCAUUGGAAAAUCCAUCUGUGUGCAGAAGUUUGUUCUUGACUGGGCUACAGAUAAAAAAUAUCAGAACAUCAAAUUAUUGUUUCCUCUGCCUUUCAGAGAACUAAACGUAAAGAAAGAAAAGCGCAGUCUAAUGGACGUCAUCUCUGAGUUUUUCCCUGAAACUAAAGGACUGAGGUUCACAGACAGGUAUAAAGUCAUGUUCAUCUUUGAUGGACUUGAUGAAUGUCGACUCCCUUUGGCAUUCCAGAAAAAUGAAAGAUUGACAGACGCAUCGAUGCCAGCCACACUGGACGUUAUACUAACCAGCCUCAUCAAAGGAGACCUGCUUCCCUCAGCUCUGAUCUGGAUAACCACUCGACCUGCUGCAGCUGCUAGGAUCCCUGCUGAAUGUGUGGACCGGGUAACGGAGGUCCGGGGCUUCAAUGGUCAACAGAAGGAGGAGUACUUCAGAAAAAGAAUCAGUGAUGAGAGCCUCGCCAACAAAGUCAUCAAACACAUUAAAGCAUCUCGGAGUCUCUACAUCAUGUGUCACAUUCCUGUCUUCUGCUGGAUUUCAGCCUCAGUUCUGGAGAAGAUUUUGAAGGAAACAGAAGAUGAAGAGACACCGAAGACGCUGACUGAGAUGUACACCUGCUUUCUGAUCUUCCAGACCAUCCAGGGGAACCUGAAAUAUACAGGAAAAAACUCCUCAGAUAUUCCAUGGGAUAAAGACGCCAUACUGGCACUGGGAAAGCUGGCAUUUUAUAACCUGGACAAAAGCAACCUGAUUUUUUAUGCAGAAGAUCUAGAAGAGUGUGGAAUUGAUGUCAGUAAAAUCUCUGCAUACUCUGGCCUGUGCACUCAGGAAACUAGCAGGUUUCACGUCACAGUUUUCAGCUUUGUGCAUCUGAGCAUUCAGGAGUUUAUCGCCUCUUUAUAUGCAUACAUGCUUCUCAGAAAUGAAAAUGUGAAUGUUUUUAACCAAGAGUCGACAUCAUCAGAGAACUCUGAGGAGAAAACUAUGGAACUGCUCAGGAUUGCAGUGGACAAAGCUUUGGAGAGCAACAGUGGACACCUUGAUCUUUUCCUUCGGUUCCUUCUGGGUCUCACAGUUGACUAUAAUCAGAAACUCAUCCGAGGUCUGUUGAAGUCCAGUGGAAGAAGCUCUGACUGCCAGAAAGAGAUUGCUCAGUACAUCAAGAAGAAGUUUGAUGAAAACCCAUCUCCAGAGAGAUCCAUCAACCUGUUCUACUGUCUGAAUGAGUUAAACGAUGAUACUUUAGUAAAAGAGAUCCAAAACCACUUGAGCUCAGGUCGUUUGUCUGAAGCUGAACUCUCACCUGCACAGUGGUCUGCUCUGGUCUUUGUGUUGCUGACAUCAGAGGAAGAUCUGGAUGUUUUUGACCUACAGAAGUUUAUAAGAUCAGAUGAAUGCUUUAGGAGGCUGCUGCCAGUUGUCAAGGAAUCUAAAAGAGCUCUACUCAGUAGUUGUAACCUGACAGACAGAAGCUGCUCAGCUUUACUCACGAUUCUUAAUUCUGAAUCCAACCUGACCGAGGUGGAUCUGAGCAACAACAACCUGCAGGAUUCAGGAGUAGAGCUGAUUUCUGCUGGACUGAAGAAUCAGAACUGUAAACUAAAUAUACUGAGACUCAGUAGUUGUAACCUGACAGACAGAAGCUGCUCAGCUUUACUCACGAUUCUUAAUUCUAAAUCCAACCUGACCGAGGUGGAUCUGAGCAACAACAACCUGCAGGAUUCAGGAGUAGAGCUGAUAUCUGCUGGACUGAAGAAUCAGAACUGUAAACUAAAUAUACUGAGAUUAUCAGAUUGUGGUGUAAGAGAGGAAGGUUAUGCUGCUCUGACAGAAGCUCUGAAAUCAAACCCAUCAUCAGAGCUGAUGGAGCUGGAUCUCAGAGGGAACGAUCCUGGAGAUUCACGAGUAAAACCACUGUAUGAGUUACUAGAUCAUCCAGAACAUGAGCUGAAGACACUGAGGUUGUUGGGUGCUGCUGCAGAAGAAGCUUUUAAUGAUCUGAAGAAGGUUGUGAGUAUAAACCUGUUAGUAGAGAGAGAGCUGGAUCUGAGUCAGAAGAUACAUGGAGAUUCAGGAGUGAAGAAGCUCUCAGAGCUACUGAAGGAUCCACACUGCAGACCCACCACACUCAGCUUGAGGAACUGCAGCAUUACAGAUAAAAGUUGUACUGAUCUGAAAUCAGCUCUUGAUGUAAAUCCAUCACACCUGAAAGAUCUGGAUCUGAAUUAUCAGAUUGUGGUGUAA